AUUUGAAAUAUUAUUGUUCGUUUCUGAAGUCAUCAUAUAAAAAGACAUGGGUGUGUGCGUGGAUCUGUGAGCGGAAGGAGGGGAGCUCAUAUAAAGCAACAACUCUUCUAGGAGGAAACGCAAUGCUUCAGAAGCCAAUGUCACGCGAGAACGUUGUACACAUCUAGUCUCUCUCGGUCGUUCUAUUUAUUUAUCUGCUGUAAGAAAAUUCGCGUUGCUAAAAUCAUCCGCUUAAUAUUAUUCUAAAAUGUGCGACGACGACGUAGCCGCGUUGGUGAUUGACAAUGGCUCGGGAAUGUGCAAAGCCGGAUUUGCCGGGGAUGAUGCUCCUCGAGCUGUGUUUCCCUCUAUCGUUGGAAGACCCCGAUAUCAGGGAAUUAUGGUCGGCAUGGGACAAAAGGACAGCUACGUAGGCGACGAGGCGCAGAGUAAACGGGGAGUUCUCACUGUUAAAUAUCCUAUAGAACACGGUAUCGUCACCAACUGGGACGACAUGGAGAAGAUCUGGCAUCAUACGUUCUACAACGAGUUGAGAGUCGCGCCAGAGGAGCAUCCCGUUUUGUUGACGGAGGCUCCCCUGAACCCUAAGGCCAACCGCGAGAAAAUGACGCAGAUCAUGUUCGAGACCUUCAACACUCCGGCUAUGUACGUUGCCAUUCAGGCUGUCUUGUCUUUGUACGCGUCAGGACGUACGACUGGCAUAGUGCUGGACAGCGGCGAUGGGGUGUCCCACACAGUACCGAUUUACGAAGGAUACGCCUUACCUCAUGCGAUUUUGCGCCUGGAUCUGGCCGGCCGCGACUUGACAGAUUACUUGAUGAAAAUUCUGACCGAGAGGGGCUACACCUUUACAACUACCGCAGAGCGUGAAAUCGUGCGUGACAUCAAGGAGAAGCUGUGUUACGUAGCUUUAGACUUUCAGCAUGAAAUGGCGACAGCCGCUGCGUCAACUGCGUUAGAGAAGAGCUACGAGUUACCGGAUGGUCAGGUCAUCACGAUCGGCAACGAGCGCUUCCGUUGCCCGGAAGCGAUGUUCCAGCCAAGUUUCCUGGGUAUGGAAUCCUGCGGCAUACACGAGACGACGUAUAAUUCGAUCAUGAAGUGCGACGUCGACAUCCGCAAGGAUUUGUACGCCAAUUCGGUGCUCUCGGGCGGCACUACCAUGUAUCCGGGCAUCGCCGAUCGAAUGCAGAAGGAGAUAACGGCGCUCGCGCCGCCCACGAUGAAGAUCAAAGUAAUCGCGCCGCCCGAAAGGAAAUACUCUGUGUGGAUAGGCGGCUCGAUCCUCGCUAGUCUGAGCACGUUCCAGCAGAUGUGGAUCUCUAGGCAGGAGUACGACGAGCUAGGACCGUUCAUUGUGCACAGAAAGUGCUUUUGAGAUGCCAUCAUCCAGAACGCUUCUCGACCGAUAUUAAUCCUUAGUGGGCCGUACGCAAGAUAACUGAAACAAUAUUUAUUUCCUGAUUAGUAAUUUAUUAUUUCUUUAAUAUAUUUUUUCUUACAUGUUUCCUCUCGCUCUUGGCGCUUUUUGAAAAAUGUUUCACUAAGACUUUUUUCAUCUUUAAUCUUUUCCUUGAUAAAUGAACAUUUCUUGAUUCCUGAAAUUGAUUCCGAUCCGAUCGUCGUUGAACUCUCGUCCCAUUCGCACGUGCAAGUUUUAACGAUAUUUUUAUUCCUUUAAACGCUUUAAAUCUGGGAAUUUGUGCAUAUUAAACAGAGCCAUUGAUUCAAUGUCUUUUUUUUUUAUUUCUAAAAUGUACUCGAUGUUAUAUUACACAGUAGGACGUUUAAGGCGGAUGUGACAUCGGAGAGCCUAGUUCUCCCUACGUCCCUCUUAGACACUUUCAUACAACUUUUGACACACAGUACAUCUGCCGACAUAACAAAAUUCUCUCUGUUGACGCAUAUACAUUAGAAAAUAAUAAUUUACAUGUUCUUUCUCAUAGAGCGUUGUGUCGCAUAUAUUUGUAUGUACUAAGAACUCUCAAUCGGUAAUUCCACAGCUAGAAAAGUCUGUCAUUUACAAGAUAUUGAUAAUUACAUUUCGUAGUAUCGUAGCAUCGAAUGCUGUUUUGUUCAUGAAAUUUUACUAAUUUUCAUGGACGGUUAAUAUAUUAUCUUACAGAAUAUGUAUGUAGCUUAAAAAGUAGAACGUAAAAAAUUCUAUCUCUAAAGAAAAAUAUAUACAAUUUUCAUUUUUACUCAUCCGAGAUAAAUUAAUCAGCAGAUCGAAAUAUGCGAAAAUAAUGUAUCAUCUGCGUCGAUUUUUUUAUACGGUGAAACUAUAGUUUCAUAACAACGCAAAUAAAGUCGGAAUUAUCACAAAUCCUCUCGGAUAGGAUGUCAGAAUUCGAUACACCAAUAUUUGGGGACACCGUGGAUGAGAAAUUGGUGAAAAAUUAACAUUCGUAUAAUUGUAUUUACCAAAUAUAUAAUACGCCACCAAGUCAGUAUAGUUAACUUGAAAUUUAAUUGAACUGAUUGUGCAUAGAAAAUGUUUUACUUAGAAGAAACUCGUACCUUGGAUCGCGAUAUUAAUGACUUAACAAUUGUCCAAAGUUCUUCUCCGCCUGCUUCGGAUUUUGACAUUCAGCAUGCGUGGGGGCAAGAGAUGCUAUACCGAGGUCGCUUAUACAAUCUUAUUUGUAAUCCAAUAAGAUUAUAACAUAGAUGGUAUCAAAAAGCGAUCCAGUUUCGUUUACAGAUUUUCUUGACGCGAAUAUGUUUCCUUAGUGAAAAGUUCAAGUUAUUCCGUUAGGCCAUCAAAUUUUCGCCAAGGAAAUGUUAAUUUCAUCGAGGAAUCUGUUGGUGAGAGGAAGCGCGCGUUUUCUGAAACACUCUCUAUACAAUACAUUUGUACUGUAAAUUUUUAAGUUAACCAAUCGCACGUUUGCAACAACGGUUAAUUUUUCCAAAAAUACCUAUCGCCCCUUAGACGUGAAAUUAUGACGAAACGCAGAAUUUAUUAAGUACCAAGAAAGGCUACACAAGAUUAAAAAAUUCAUUAUAUUCUUCCAUUAUGUAACAUUGUUUUAUAACAUACUCUUACCAAGUGAAUAUUAUCAAUGUACAGGAUUUCGUUAACCAUUUUUUUAAAUAAUUGUUAGCAAAGGAUGUAUUUAAUUAUAAAAUAAUAUAAAGAGUAUUCUGUAUAAUUGAAGCGGUAAAAAGCUUUGCAAAUAUCGAUAUUGUCAACUCACUGAAAAUGGAGCGGAAAUCUGGUCUGGAGUUGAAAAAAUGUUGAUUAUGCCGAAUUGAUAUUUCGGUACGUUGCGAUACUCAUGGUUAUGUAAAUAAAAUGACCAACACCGAGUACAAAAUGUAGAGUAGAUCAAGUAUCAAACAAGUAUUGACGAUGAAUUUACUUAAAUAAAAAUGUAGAAAAAAUA